AUGAAUUUCAUUGCCGGACACCCUCUAGACGAUGAAAUUUGUGUAGGACUUUGCCCUUACUUCAUGAAAACAUAUGCUGAAAAUUUGGAUGCAAAAUUCGAUUUUAAGGACAUAACGAAAAUGUGCAAAGAAAACCCCUCAGUAGCGCCACAAAUUUGUAAAGGAUUGACAAAGACUAAACGGACGUCAGAGCUCUCAGGAAAGGUAACAUGGGACCAGUACUGUAAUGACUGCACAGAAAUGCUGUGGAAAAAGGAAAACAGAAAUUUGUGA